AUGGAGGACAAGGAAACUAACAGCCAAAUGUCUGGGCAUGAGACCGGAUAUCCGUUCACACCUCCUUACCCUCAGAGCUACAACAUGCUUCCCUUCGGAGCUCCUGGCAUGCCGGGCUUCGCUCCCCUGCCGGGGCAGUAUAUGGCUCCAGGCAAUCCGAAUCCGUCCCAACCAUUGCAGCAAGAAGGCCCCUUCAUGUACUCUCCUUUCUAUGGCAUGCAGGCUAUGGCUCACGCUCUUCCUGGCGUCAUAGGACAAGCUCCCGGGAUGCAAGCUCCGCUGCCUGCCUCGAACACCCACCUCCAGCUUUCAGUCCGUCCCAAGCGGACGGGGUUUGCCUCAGCUGGCUCUCACUGGGCUCCGCGCUCUUCGUUGCACCAGCUCCUGGAGCAUGACUCUGAGAAUCGUGAGAUAGCUACCCAGGCUGCUGACUGUGAGAAGAGUUUCGACACGGUGGCCCUUCCCACUGAGAUGCCGAUUGGGAGCCAAGUCCACAACAGAAUGCCCCCUCAAUGGGGAGUGGUAAAGAUCGCAAACAUUCCCUACUCAGUCACCCGGCAGGAAAUCGUUCAGUUUCUAGGUCGCCAGGCACGCCUUAUUAAUCCACAACAGGGCUGCGCGAUCCAUAUUAUAAUGGAACGUUCCACUGCUAAGACAAUGGACUGCUAUGCGGAGUUCCAGUCCACGACUGAUGCCCAGGAGACAGCUACUCGCAUCAACCGAAUCUAUGAGACUGGCCGCGCUCCUCGUCUAGGUAACCGCUCUGUUGAUGUUGAGUUCAGUAACCAAGAUGCUCUGCUCAAGGAUCUGUUCCCUCGUGCCAAGUGCAUCAUCUGGAAAGAUGCUAUGCCUACCGCCGUCCCCAACGAUGACCCCUUUUCUACUGGAUUCUCGGGCUUUUUCACCAGCGAGGAAAUUAUCAAUGCCAUUCGCCAUGCUGAAAUACCGCACCGUUCUCCGUUUUGUGCGAAGUGUCCACAGCGCACUUACGAGUCCACCAUCAGCACACUCUACAAGUUCCCGUGGUACGCUACCAAGCUGUACACCGUUCAUGACCGCAAUCAGUUGUUUGAGCUGGUUAAUCGUCACAUUCUCUCUCUUGUUGCGCGAGUUAAGAGGUCGAACACAGUUGGUCUUGACCAAAGACUGCUGAGAGAACUUCUUUAUGCUGGAUUGAAUUGUCCUGCGUUCAAUGAGCGCCAGAAGUUCACGCUGUCUGUCAAUUCCGAGGACACCACAGAGAUCUUGAAAUUCCCAGAUAUGGGCAAAUGGUUCCCUUUCGACACUCUCGUCAAGUUGCCAAAGACUGAAGAGAGCACACUGCUGUAUUACGUCAAGUUGAUAUCGAAAGGUACCCUCCAUGAUCGCACUGACAUGAAGCUGCCGAACAACUUCCCGUUGACGAACAUUCACCUUGAAUCUCCUUACGGUCCUAUCUGGCUCGAAUGGCCGUCCAACAUCGCUAAGACCAUGACCUGGGAAGAUGCUUCCGCGCACGAGAUGAGCAUCCUUAGCCAUCUUGUCCUGACAGGCUGGAUGAAGAACGACCAGGAGAACACCAACAAAUCCGGCCUACUACCAGAGUCCACUACCGCAAGCAGCCGCGAGUCCCAUGCCAAUACCAUCGUGUCAUCUGGAAGCGAUAAUAGUCCAAUCAACGUUCGGACAUCUUCGACUGAUAUUUUCGCGACACCUUCCCGCCGUGCAAGCGUUCAACUUGGCAGCCGCAGCUCCUUCGCUGAGAGCAGCGAUGACGGCUGGCGCCGUGCAAUGUAUAUGCAUUCUUCGGCCGGCAUGCGAGGUAGGUUUCCUGGUCAUCGGAAUACCCUGUCAUCUCCCACUUGUCUUCCGUCCGCAGGCAACCAUUAA